AUGGAAUAUUUUAAAGUUCUUAUUCCUAACAUGCCUCAGAAUGGCAAGGAAACAUUAUUAAAAGGUUACAUUACCCAAGACGACAAGUGCCAUUCCAAUAUUUAUUUCACAGAGAGUUUUGAAUUGCAGCAGAAUCUAGAUGAGAAAUUAUCAGCUGAUGAUGACACCACUAUCUUUGGCUAUUUCCGUAAUGAACCAUCACAAUUAAUGAACAAAAACAUUAAAAAUAAGAUUUGUUUAUAUGAUUCUGUUAAUCCUAGGGUCACUGAAUUAGUCGUAAAUGGUAAAGUAAUUCAAGGUUGCAAGUUUAUUUUUAUAUGUUAUGAUAUUAACAAAGUCAUCAAUUCAGAAACAUUAGAUAUAUCUUGCAAAGAACUUAUAUAUGUUAGAGAAUUAGUUAAAAGAAAAAGCAAUCAUCCUCAAAAUAUUGCUGAGUAUGCACCUAAAUUUAGAAUACCACAUAUGUUUUCUUCUUCAAUGUUUAUUCAACAUAUUUUCAACUGUAUUAAUUUAUUAAAUUGGUUAAAAAAUACAUUGAGAAAAAAGGAAAAAAUAUCAAUAAAACAAGGAAAUUAUAUUUUAGCAUUAGUUAUUGAUAUAAUUUUGGGUUAUUAUAUCUUGGAAAUAUUAUUUUACGAUAGGAAAGAAAUUGGUGUACUCUUACUUGGAAUUUUAGAGAAAUUGGUAAACUCUAUGUAUUCACUACUAAAAUGGCUAAUGGGAGCUCCAGCAGGAUUAAAGUUGAAUAAUGCAUUUAAUAAAAUGCUGGGUAAAUAUUUCUCAUACCAUGUGGAAUUAUGGUGGUUGUUUUUGGAUGUAUCAAGUGAACGAUUGGAUUUAAUAUUGCAUAUUUAUCAAUACUUGGGUUACUUAGGACUGACGUUCCAAGCUGCUAUUAUAUCAGAUAUGUUGUGUGUAACAACAUUUCAUUCAUAUUGCAUUUAUGUUUAUGCAGCAAGACUAUUCAACAUACAAAUAUCAGGCCUCACUGCUAUGCUACGGUUAUUUGUUGGACGAAAGUACAAUCCAUUGAGAAAUUGCAUAGAUUCAUGUGAAUACACGAAUCAGGAGCUAUUUGUGGGAACCGUAGCUUUUACAAUAUUAUUACUCCUACUGCCUACAACGCUUAUGUACUACAUUGUUUUUACAAUGUUUCGCGUGCUAUCACUAUUAGCGCAGUAUGUCUUGGCUAGACUGAUCCACUUCGUGCAAACACUACCGUUAUAUGUUAUUAUAUUAUGGAUAACACGCUCACCUAAAUUGGCAGGAGAAAUAUAUGUUGAAGAACAGCAGAGUAGCGAAUCGCAUUUAGUGCUAAAAAUUAAAUUAUUUAAUAAACCGUUGAAAAAACUCAUGAACUAUUUUAAGCCUCCAGUUGAAAUAACGAAGGAUGUGGAAUGGACUAAUAUUAUAUCAAGCGUGUUUACGGGAAAGCAAAUUAUAUGA